AUGGCUCGCUGUGACCGCGGCGUUCAGACUCUUCUCACGGCUUUGGGCGCGUUCGUCGCCUUCAGUCUCAUGACGGUGGCCAUUGGCACGGACUACUGGCUCUACUCGCGCGCGUACGUGUGUAACGCUACAAACAGCAGCGCGGACGAAGCGGAAAACCUGCUGCAGCCUAAAAAGACCAAAGGAGACCUGACACACUCUGGCCUCUGGAGGAUCUGCUGCAUUGAAGGAAUCAACAAAGGAAGCUGUUACCGGAUCAAUCACUUCCCUGAGGAUAAUGACUACGAUACAGACAGCUCUGAGUACAUCCUGCGGAUUGUGCGAGCAUCCAGCCUUUUCCCCAUCCUGAGCACUAUACUGCUGCUGCUGGGAGGAGUGUGUGUGGCUGUAGGACGAGUUUACAACGGCAGGAACAACAUCCUCCUGAGUGCUGGCAUCUUGUUUGUUGCUGCAGGUCUGAGCAACAUCAUAGGCAUCAUCGUGUACAUCUCGAGCAACGCCGGCGACCCUAGCGACAAGAAAGGCGAAGACAAGAAGUUCCAGUACAGCUACGGUUGGUCCUUCUACUCUGGCGCGCUGUCGUUCAUUGUGGCCGAAGCCAUCGGUGUGCUCACUGUCAACAUCUACAUUGAGAGAAACAAGGAAGUGCAUGUCAAACGCCGUAACUUCCUGAAAACCGGUGCAUCGUCCUCCUCACCAUACAUGCGAAUCCCAAGCUACCGGCAGCGCAGGCGGCGCUCUCGGUCCAGCUCGCAUUCCACCGAGCCUUCUCGAGACAACUCGCCUGUCGGGAGGAAGAUGGCAGCGUCCGCUCUGCCUCUCGGUGAGAUCUCCAUGUACACUCUAGGUCGAGAACACCAGCUGAGAUCAGGAUGUGCGCUCGGACCUUACCCAGAACCACCCAACUUUCUGCAAGUUCACAACUGCUUCGCCAAAGGCUCGAAAGACGGCGUUAACCGCAGGACCACGCCCGUUUAAGCGACAAACCUCUGCUUCAAGAUCGAUGACGGUCAAGGAGGCACUUGGAAGUAUUACUAUCUCUAUGGCUGAGUUUCAGCAAAGAAACGAACAAAGGAGUGUUGAUUUAAGGGAGCGAGGGUUCGUUAGCACACAUUUUAAAGCUAUCUAAUAGAUGUUGUAGCAUUUUCUGAGCUAUGUUUUGGCUCAGAGUUUCAUACUGUAUAUUCAUAUGCACAGUCUGCAGUCCAAGUAGCAAUAUUUCAAUGCACCGAAUAUUGAAAUAUUGAAAUAUUGAACUAUAAUCUUAGAAUUGUUUGAGUAAGUUCAUGUUUUCUUUAUUAUGUCAGUGUGUUUGACACUCGAGGCCACUUCACACCGGACGCAUCGUGUCAAGCGUCACGUGUAGCUUAACGUCACAGAUCAUAGCUAAACCUCAUUCGAUCGAUUUUUUAAGUUUCAAUCCACCCCAGAAACAUUAGGGACUGAAGGCAUGUCAGUUAAGCAUCCUAAUCAUGCUUGCAUACUAAAAGAUGCUUCCUAUCUUUUUUUUCCAUCCACGGUCAGGGAUGUAGCG